AUGUCAGAUGAUCUCAGAGACGAGAUAGAAGCCCUCAACUCAAUCUACGGAGACGACACCCUCCGCCACACACCACCAGACAACUAUGUUCUCACGCUUCCCGGCGGCCCGGGUGCCUCCUCGCUCACCCUGCGCUUCGCCGACUCGUACCCGGACGUGCCGCCAGAGAUCCUCGGCACCCACAGCGCGGGCGAGAACGCGCCCCGCGGCGCGGGCGCCCGCGACCUGCUCCUAUUUCGCGAGGCCGUCGCCGCCGUCUACCAGCCGGGCGCUGUCUGCCUCUUUGACGCCGUGGAGGAGUUCUCCCGACGCGUGGAGGAAGUUUCAGAAGCUGAGCCGUCAGGACCACCCACCAAAUCACACUCUCCACCGCCGUCGACAUUGACGACACGGCUUGAUGAAGAGCACGGGAACCAAGAAGCUGACUCUCUGCCUUCCUACAUGCUAGAGGAACCCCCCUGGAUCAUCUCCGACCCCUUCGUCGAACUCAAAUCCGUCUUCCUCGCGCGCGCCGCGGCCGUAACCUCCCCCGAGCAGGCCGCGUCGUACGUCCAGCACCUCAUCGCGACGGACAAAAAGGUGCGCAGCGCAAGUCACAACAUGACGGCGUGGCGGAUCCGCGGGCCCAACGGCACGAGCUUCCAAGACUGCGACGACGACGGUGAGACGGCGGCGGGCGGAAGGCUGCUGCAUUUGAUGCAGCUCAUGGACCUGUGGGACGUCAUGGUCGUCGUAACGAGGUGGUACGGCGGGCAGAAGCUGGGGCCGAGGCGGUUCGCGCUGAUUAAUAGUACGGCGAGGGAUGCGUUUGUCAAGGCUGGGUGGGCGGAGGAGGCGGGGCAGGGGAAGAAGAAGGGGCAUGGCAAGUGA